AUGUGGCUCCAGAGGCCUUUUGGAAACGUGUCUUCUCUGUGCAUAAAACUCCAGCAUAAAUCGUCUGUGUCCAUUGAAUACAUCAGAAUCUUCAAGAGUGUGUCAGGAAAUGCACCUUCCCUUCCACAGACAACUGCUAUGGAGUCCUGGGAAUGGGGAGGCAACGUCACCCUGAUGACAGAGUUUGUCCUGGUGGGUUUCACAAUAGUGCCACGCCUGCGAGUCACCUUCUUCGUGCUCUUUCUCUUCUCCUACAUCCUGACGCUGAUGGGGAACGUCAGUCUCAUGACCUUGAUCUUCCUGGAAUCUCGCCUGCACACGCCUAUGUACUUCUUCGUGGGCAACCUCUCCUUGCUGGACAUGUGGUAUUCCACAGUCUAUAUCCCCCGGAUCCUGACUGACUGCAUGUCCAAGAGCAAUGUCAUCUCCUAUGCUGGCUGUGCUGCCCAGUUCUUCUUCUCUACUUGCCUCUGUUUCACUGAGUGUUACCUGCUGGCUGCCAUGGCCUAUGACCGUUAUGCAGCCAUCUGCAACCCACUGCUCUAUUCCUUGACAAUGACCAGGAAAUUCUGUAUCCAGCUAGUGGCUGGCUCCUAUGUCACUGGUUUUGCCAGUGACAUUAUACACACAGGCAACACUUUCUGCUUGCAUUUUUGUGGGGACAACAGAAUUAAUCAUUUCUUCUGUGAUGUACCGCCACUGAUGAAGAUGGCCUGUGAAAACACCCAGGGCUAUCAGCUCAUCUUAUCUGCUGCUGUUGGCUCUAAUGUGGUGGCCACCACUACCCUCAUCCUGGGUUCCUACACAGGGAUUGUUGUGGCCAUCUUGCAUAUCCGCUCAGCCAGCAGCAGACACAAGGCCUUCUCUACCUGCUCUGCCCAUCUGAUCUCUGUGUCCCUCUUCUAUGGCUCCCUCCUCUUCAUGUACUUGCAGCCCAGCUCCCUGCACACCCCAGAUCGGGACAAGGUGACUGCCUUGUUCUGUACAGUGGUCAAUCCAUUAGUUAACCUCAUGAUCUACAGCCUGCGCAACAAAGAUGUGAAAGAUGCAUUCAGAACAGCCGUCAGGAGAACCAUCGCACCUGGAUAA